AAGAGAUGGUAUGGAAGAGCAAUACCCUAACUCCGAGAGCAGCAGGUGAAGAAGAGCAAUCUCCUCGUUCCAGCCGCCUCUGCCAGGAUGAAGUUCAACAUCGCCAACCCUACCACUGGGUGCCAGAAGAAGCUCGAGAUUGACGAUGACCAGAAACUCCGAGCCUUUUUUGACAAGAGGAUUUCACAGGAAGUUAGUGGUGAUUCCUUGGGAGAGGAAUUCAAAGGAUAUGUAUUCAAGAUUAUGGGAGGUUGUGACAAGCAAGGUUUCCCAAUGAAGCAGGGAGUCUUGACCCCUGGUCGUGUGCGCCUCUUGCUUCACAGAGGAACCCCUUGCUUCCGUGGUUUCGGAAGGCGUACUGGAGAGCGUAGGAGGAAGUCUGUGAGAGGUUGUAUUGUCAGCCAGGAUCUCUCUGUGUUGAACUUGGUUAUUGUUAAGAAAGGAGAGAAUGAUCUCCCUGGCUUGACUGACACUGAGAAACCUAGAAUGAGAGGUCCCAAGAGGGCAUCAAAGAUCCGCAAGUUGUUCAAUCUUUCUAAGGAUGAUGAUGUUAGAAAGUAUGUGAACACCUACCGCAGAUCAUUCACAACCAAAUCUGGGAAGAAGGCCAGCAAAGCUCCCAAGAUUCAGAGGUUGGUCACUCCUUUGACCUUGCAAAGAAAGAGGGCUAGAAUUUCUGACAAGAAGAAGAGGGUUGCCAAAUCCAAGGCAGAUGCAGCUGAGUACCAGAAGCUCCUUGCUUCCAGAUUGAAGGAGCAAAGAGAACGUCGCAGUGAGAGUUUGGCCAAGAAAAGGUCCAGGCUCUCUUCCGCUAAGCCAUCUGUGUCGGCUUAGAAUCCAAUAGGUUUUGGCCAAAACAUGAGUCCCUCAUUUGUAUUUUUGAUAUCGUUUCUCACUAUCUUUAGUAGUAUUUUUGAAGUACUUUUUUGACUCGAGUAUAAUUUAUGUUUUUGUAAAACGGGAUUUGAAUUUUGAAUGAAAUUUUGUUGGUGCACCGGUCCUGCAUCUUCAAUAGACUUCUAAUUA